UGAGGGAGAAUCCGUGUGGUGCCAUGUGGGCCAUGGGAAUUGACCUCUUGCUGUACUGAGCCUGGGGGGUGGGGUAGCAGAAGGCACCACAGUGGAGGUGAAGAGACAUAGGUGCCCCCACUGAGUGGGGGGAGGGCUGGGCCUAGUGCUGCCCGGGUGAGGCCUGGAGCCAUCACUCUCUAGCUUUAAGCAGUGGGCUGAGGUGGGAGUAGGGGGUGCAGGUAGAAGAGCAGCCAAGGUCUGGCCCUGCUCAGUGAGAGGUUGGAGGGUUGGCAUUAGCUGGCAGAGGGGGAGGUCCAGGUGGCAGGAAGCAUGGCAAGCCCCCUGUGGUAGAAGGCUGAGGCAUUUGCUAGCAGGGAGUCUGGCCAGGAUCCUCACGCUGCCAUGGCCUCAAACUGCACAGGGGGCACUGUGCCAGGGAGCGUCAGCACAGCUCUGGGGACCGCGCUCAGUGCCUCCAAGACCAAGACGAAGAAGAAGCAUUUCGUCUGCCAGAAAGUGAAGCUCUUCCGAGCCUCAGAGCCCCUCCUGAGCGUCCUCAUGUGGGGGGUCAACCACACGAUUAAUGAGUUGAGUAAUGUUCCUGUCCCAGUGAUGCUAAUGCCCGAUGACUUUAAAGCCUACAGUAAAAUUAAGGUGGACAAUCAUCUUUUCAACAAGGAAAAUCUGCCAAGUCGCUUCAAAUUUAAGGAAUACUGUCCUCUAGUGUUCCGAAAUCUUCGGGAAAGAUUUGGGAUUGAUGAUCAGGAUUAUCAGAAUUCCGUGACACGGAGUGCCCCAGUAUACAGUGAUAGCCACGGCCGAUGCGGGGUCCGUUUUCUUACCACCUACGACCGGCGGUUUGUCAUCAAGGCUGUGUCAAGUGAGGAUGUUGCAGAGAUGCACAACAUAUUAAAGAAGUACCACCAGUUCAUUGUGGAGUGCCAUGGGAACACACUUCUUCCUCAGUUCCUGGGCAUGUACAGGCUCACGGUGGAUGGAGUGGAAACCUACAUGGUCGUCACCAGGAACGUGUUUAGCCACCGGCUGACGGUGCAUCGGAAAUACGAUCUCAAGGGUUCAACAGUAGCCAGAGAAGCCAGUGACAAGGAAAAGGCCAAGGAUCUACCAACGUUUAAGGACAAUGACUUCCUGAAUGAAGGCCAAAAGCUCCAUGUUGGAGAGGAGUGUAAAAAGAACUUUUUGGAGAAGUUAAAGCGAGAUGUUGAGUUUCUUGCCCAGCUGAAGAUCAUGGAUUACAGCUUGUUGGUGGGGAUCCACGACGUGGACCGUGCAGAGCAAGAAGAAAUGGAAGUGGAGGACAGGGCAGAAGAUGAAGAGUGUGAGAACGAUGGCAUCGGGGGGAACCCCAUUGGUUCUUAUGGGACCCCCCCGGACAGUCCUGGUAACCUCCUCAACUUCCCUCGGUUUUUUGGACCAGGGGAGUUUGAUGCGUCAGUGGACGUCUACGCCAUGAAAAGCCAUGAAAGUGCUCCUAAAAAGGAGGUAUAUUUCAUGGCCAUCAUAGAUAUCCUCACGCCAUAUGACACAAAGAAGAAAGCGGCACAUGCUGCCAAAACUGUGAAACAUGGGGCUGGAGCAGAGAUUUCCACUGUCAAUCCUGAGCAGUAUUCAAAACGCUUCAAUGAAUUUAUGUCCAAUAUCCUGACAUAGUUAUUUUCCCACCCUUGGCAAGAAAGAGGGGAGAGGCUACUUCCAAAGCCAAAGGAGGAACGCAGUCCGCUCUGCUGGGGGGGUGAUGUCCUGUGAGUGUGUGAUAACAGUGUGGCUUAGCAGACGACUUGCUUGUAGCUGUAGGUCUCCAACUAUUCCAUUAGACCUUGGUGGAGAAGCGGGGCCUUUCUCGCUCUCUCUUUCUUUAAUUUUGGUUGCUGAAAUAUCCAAACAUGAACCUGAGGAAUUAAGACCUGUUAAGAUCAACACUUUAUUUUUGAAGAGCCUCCUAACAGUUAGACACUAACUGUUAAUAAAUAACAGGAGUUAACUCCAGAAACGGUUGUUCCUUCGAUUUAGACUUCGGUUUUUCACACAGAGCAAAUGCCCUUGUGGUCCCUCUCCCCAAGAAUUGGACAGAAAAUGGUGUGCCAUUUUGAGGUCGAACUGUUACCAAAUGUUGAGAAGCCAUUUUAAGAAAAUUGAAGCUAAAACUUUUCCUGCUGACUUUGAUAUUACAGUUUUAUUUACAGCAGUUGUCAUUUCAAAAAAGAUAGGGGAGCUGAUGUUCUCCCCUUAACUUUAGUUGCAAAUCAAGAUAGGAUAUGUGUGAUUGUCAAGUUGCAGCAGAGGCUUUUGAUGGAGAGGAUCACAAGAAGAGGAAGUGGCACCAGGCAAUGAGAGACUCGAUGUGUUACAAGCACACUUUGGAUUGGACCACGUGGGUCACACGGCCUCUGCAGCACAGCUGUACUGAUACUUGUUUAAUCAUGGCACCGUCAGUCUAGUUUGACCUUCAUCCAGUCACAGGACCUAGCAGAUGAUAUUUGGCGCAAUGGGGCUACUACUUUUUAAAAAAACAUACUGUGUUGAGUAAGGAUGCUUGAAAUCUGUCCCUGGAGUUUUUGGCGAUCCCACGUCGAGAGGAAUGUGGUCCUCUGAAAAUGGGUAAUCUGUUGAUCCUGUAACCACUAGGACUGAUCGUCAAAACCGUUGGAGUAGCGUGCAUUGAAUCAUCUUUCUUAAACAAUUCGAACCACUUUUGUCCUGUUUGAAUUGCAACUUUUUUCUUACGUCUUUGGGCUGCUUGUGAUCCUUGGAUUUCACAGCCACACUUCUCAAAACUGCUGUUGAAGAUUUUGAAUGCUCAGCAUCAAUUCCGUGUUUUAAAUAUUGAGUGGGGGCGGGUUUCUUUCUUUUUUUUUUAAGAGAUGGAUUUAGCAGUUUUUGAACCACCACCUUGCAAUCAAGACACUUUGCUUACUCUGCCUUGAAACUGUUUUUCACGUAUGCCUUUCUUUUCCAGAAUGUGGUUAAUGGGAUGUUUGUGUCCUGUGCUGUAGUAUGUGGCACUGUAUUUGCUUUGUGGAUUCUGUCAUGUUGAGAGAGUGUUUUCCCUCGCUUCUCCUGUUACAUAUAUGCCAUCCUUUCCCCUCCUCCUUUAGAAAAAGAUGAGAUUCCACAAUUUCAAGGAUAUAGAAAAGUUUGCAAACCUUAAAAAUCAUGGAAUAUGCUGUAAAUAGUGUGAGUUUUUAAAAAAAGGUUUAAAUGAAUCCAUUCAUUAGGACGGGGUUACGGAAGGCCCGUUUCUGUUCCGCUAUGGAAUUGAAGCAAAAUUUUCUUAUGUGGGAAGCCUCUGUCUGCACUGUUCAGGUGUCUGGCUGACUGUGCCACUAACAGGGUGUGGAUUACGUAAAACUGUUUAAAGGGCUGGAUAGAAUAUGUUGACAAGCUUUACCUAUAUGUGGAGGAAGAGUCAGGAGUCGAGAGUUAUCUCCCCUAAGGAUGUGCCCUUGAAGUCCUUGGUGCAGAAAUCCUGUAUUUCACUCCUUGUUUUCAUCUCUGCCUCUAAUCAGGCUUUCCAUUCUCAACUCCCAUUUUUUUUAAAUUUAAAAGUUACAUAGCUGUAGUUGUGGGUUUUCCGGGCUGUAUUGCCGUGGUCUUGGCAUUGUAG